GGGUCCCCUGACCCAACGAUUACAAAGACCGGGAAUUUGAAGGCCAGGACGAGACAAGAGGGACUGAAUCGCUGAGGGGUAUUCCGUUCACAGUUUCGAACAGAGAGAAACAGCGACUGCAAAAAGCGGUGGCGGAGAUGGCCGAGGCGGUGGACGAGGAGAGCGUGCGGAAGUUCGUGGCGGCUUACUUGACGAAGAAAGGCUUCAAGCAGACGGAGAACGCUUUUCAAGACGAACUAAACAAGAAUAACAACAGCUCUUCGUCCCCGAUCUCUUUCAAUUCCAAAUUGGACCCCGACGUCUCCAAGCACAUCCUAUCAUUCUCUCAAUAUGAGGAAGGUCCAGCACAGUACCAAGAUGCAUAUGCCAAGUUGAGGUCGUGGACUUACAGUUCACUAGAUUUGUACAGGCAUGAGUUGCUUCGUGUUCUCUAUCCAGUAUUUAUUCAUUGUUUCAUGGAUCUGGUUGCUAAAGGUCAUAUUCAAGAAGCUCGGACAUUUUUCAACAGCUUCCGUGAAAACCACGAAAUGAUGCACCAACGAGAUCUACAGAAGUUGGAAGGCGUUCUUUCUCCCUCUCAUUUGGAGGAGAUGGAAUUCGCUCAUUCUCUUAGGCAGAGAAAAGUCAACAUAAAGAUAUGCCAGUACUCGUAUGAGCUUCUGCUGCAGUUUCUACACAAGUCGCAGUCUGCCACAGUGCUUGGGAUUAUCAAUGAGCAUAUUAACUUCCAAGUUUCUCCUGGACAACCCAGCUCAAUUUUUGAUGAUGCUGAGGCUGUAACACUUACCGGAAGUAGCCUGGAUUCAGCCAAUCAGAUAAACCAGAAGGAAAUACAUUGGGGGUUGCUCGAAGAUUCCUUGGAAGAACGCUUGGACAAGGCUGAGGCCUUAGACUCUGAAAAGGCAGAAGGAGAAAGCAAAGAAGGGGACAGGAAUGAGAAUAAGAAAAAAUUAAGUGAAGGAGCUAAACAGGGGGCUUCGAACAAAAAGUUGAAAAAGGACAAGGCUGCUGGUGCAGCGAAAAGCGCACGCCCUGAGGCAACCCCUGUAACUGCAGUACCAAGAGUCAAACCAGAGCUUACUUUGCCAGUAAUUCCCACAGAGGUUGAACAGUCUAUUCUUGAAGACUUGUGAAACCGUGUGCAAUUGAGUAGUGCUGCGCUGCCAUCUGUCAGCUUUUAUACAUUCAUCAGCACGCACAAUGGGAUAAACUGUUCGUCUAUAUCCCAUGAUGGAUCCAUGGUUGCUGGUAGAUUUUCAGACUCGUCGCUGAAGGUAUGGGAUAUGGCAAAGAUUGGGCAACAAAGCCUUGAUUCUUUGCAGGUUGAGAAUGGUACCACCACUUCAAGUGAACAAGUUCUGUCAAAUGGUGGGAAAACAUAUACUUUGUUUCAGGGUCAUUCAGGGCCAGUUUAUUCAGCUACUUUCAAUCCCCUUGGGGAUUUUAUACUUUCCUCUUCAGCAGACUCAACUGUUCGGUUGUGGAGCACAAAACUAAAUGCAAAUCUUGUUUGCUACAAGGGUCAUAAUUACCCAGUAUGGGAUGUUCGGUUUAGCCCUGUAGGUCAUUAUUUUGCCAGUGCUUCCCAUGAUCGAACAGCAAGGAUAUGGUCUAUGGACAGAAUGCAGCCUUUGAGGUUAAUGGCCGGACACUUAUCUGAUGUUGAUUGUGUGCAAUGGCAUGUCAACUGCAACUACAUUGCCACUGGUUCGAGUGACAAAACAGUUCGAUUGUGGGAUGUACAGACUGGAGAGUGUGUCCGAAUAUUUAUUGGUCACAGGAGUAUGGUUUUGUCUCUGGCAAUGUCACCUGACGGCCAUUACAUGGCUUCUGGUGAUGAAGAUGGAGCAAUCAUGAUGUGGGACCUUUCAAGUGGCCGCUGCGUUACAUUUUUGACGGGUCACACCUCAUGUGUAUGGACACUUGAUUUCAGUGGGGACGGUUCGCUUCUUGCUUCUGGAUCUGCCGAUUGCACUGUAAAACUAUGGGACGUAACUGCAAGUACAAAGUUGCCAAGAACUGAAGAAAACAAAAGCGGAAAUACCAGCAGAUUGAGAUAAUUGAAGACUUUGCCGACGAAGUCUACUCCUGUCCAUUCGUUACGGUUUUCUCGAAGAAACCUUCUAUUUGCUUCCGGGGUUCUCUCAAAAACUGUAUAAAUCACUCCCUUUAGGCUUGAUCUAACUCGAGGAAAGGUAUUGUAGCUUGCUGUACAAGACGUCGGCCUUUCUCCUCCCUCUUCGGUCUUGUGACCUGCCCGUCCAACGCUCCUCUGUGCCACAUUCGGUAAGGCACCUUGCUUGUCAUGACACAAUGACAGAUUUUGUAACAGUUAAAUGGUGUCCUUUAUUGUCCCUGGAUACAUUUUGCAUAAAGUUCAGUUUUGUUCAAUCCCUUCCGGACAAAUGGCUCCGAGUAUAUGGAGCUUUUCUCUGCUGCGAACAACACACGUGCUCAAGUGUGCAUGGUAUCUUGGAAAUCAAAUCCUGGCCUUCCACUUCGAAGGCCCUAAGAUGAACAGAUGUGAUGAGCGUUAAACCCGCAUGCGCAACCCAUGCGCAGCGCGCCACGCUCAGGGGAGAAAUUCUGGAGUAAAUGAUGACAGAAAACCCUUGACGUCGCACUCUUAUCAGGUCUCUUAAGUAGGGUUUUCAUGGCUUCAACGGUUCUUUGUUGUACAAGAAACAAUUUCUAUUUGUGUUUUUAACCCAGCAGUCAGAAUGUUCAUGGUAA